UCUACUUCCGUUUCCGGUGCCGGCGCCCGUCUCUGCCGUCAAGAGCUUUGCAUUGUGGGAGUGCCUUCCUUUCUCCCUCCCCGGCCAUCUUCGCGGCUGUUCUUGGUUGGGGGCCGUCUGCACCUAAGGCAGGAAGAUGGUGGCCGCAAAGAAGACGAAAAAGUCUCUGGAGUCGAUCAACUCAAGGCUCCAGCUUGUUAUGAAAAGUGGAAAGUACGUGCUGGGGUACAAGCAGACUCUGAAGAUGAUCAGACAGGGCAAGGCCAAACUGGUCAUCCUCGCUAACAACUGCCCAGCUUUAAGGAAAUCUGAAAUAGAAUACUAUGCCAUGUUGGCCAAAACUGGUGUCCAUCACUACAGUGGCAAUAAUAUUGAAUUGGGUACAGCAUGCGGAAAAUACUACAGAGUCUGCACACUGGCUAUCAUCGAUCCAGGUGAUUCUGAUAUUAUUAGAAGCAUGCCAGAGCAGACUGGUGAAAAGUAAAUCUGGAAAGUUUUUCUUUAAUAAAAACUUGGCAGAGCUUGUUUUAAAAACA